AUGCCGCCGCCCAUAGUCGAGAUUCCAGGACACUACUACGAUGCCGAGCGUGGGCGCUACUUCAAAGUCACCAACGGCGCCAUCCUCCCUGCCGCGGAAGGCGAGCGAAAGUACCAUAACAACUCGAUCCAAGCCGAGAAACGCAAUCUGGAAUAUGAUCAAUUGGAAAAGAACCAACGACGACGCAAGGGGAUGUUCCCGCUGAACACGAAGCGAGAUCGUGGUGAAAUCAUCAAGAAUCCCAACAUCAAGCAUCCAAUCAGAAAAGAUUUCUCUCGACUACAAAGAUUCCUGUUUGAUCACCUUGGAUUCGUCAAUUGCAAAACGGGCGCGAUCGACUUGCGCAGUCUCUAUUAUGCGAAUGACUACGUCGACCGCAUCAAGUGCGGCAUUGCGCCCGAGAUGCACAAUCUCGUGGUGCCACGGGGCAAGAUUGCAUAUUACGACACGGACCAUUUCGUUUUGGACCCGCCCAAGAUGCUCGACUUGGUGGCGUUUGAGCCGAGGAACCCGCUCGCGUUGAUGGUGUUCAACACCAAGUUGGAACAAUCCCACAUCUCGAGCACUAGUAAAUUUUUCCAUCGAAACCUGCAAGACGGGAUCGUGUGUUUAGAUGUGGAGGAAAUGGUUCAUUUGUUCAAGAUUGACUCGAUUCAUUCCAAAGUUAAAGUGUUUGCCGGGUCCACGAGUGACAAGAUUGACAUUUUGCAAUUUAGCGAGUUGAACCAGAGACUACGCGUGUGCGUGGUUCAAUACCACACGUUCAACAAGAACACACAUUUGUUUGAUGACCACACGGCGGCAUUUUUGCGCUUCAUCAAAAAUAACCUUUCCCGGCAUCCGAGAGGAGCCAAGUUGGAAGGCGCGUUUGGGCUUCACUUGAUCGAGUUUGUCCAAUACUCCAAACAGAAUCUAGACGAAAUCAAUGCCGUGUUGGAGAAAUCGCGAGCGGCGGCAAAGGACACUAACCAACGUACAACACGCGCCAAACUCCAAGCGUUCCUCGAGUCCUACUCCAAGACAAACGAUCGACCCGAGAUGGUGUAUUUGGAUCUAGUCGAUAACGUAUUGAGCAACAAGAUGCCGCGCUACUCGGCGAGGAUCGUCGCUGGGAAAGUGAGCAGCGACAACGAGGGCCACAACGGAUACGUGGUGUCAAGCGAAGGGGACCUCAUUUCCUACCGCUACGAACAACACGCCCGAUCCUUCACAAACUUCCACCUUUUCAAUUUAAACAACCCGAUACCGGAAGACGCCAUCGUGCACGAGCACCGAGGAGACGCGCUCGACACGCGACUUCGAUUAUUCAUCAGCACGCGCUCAAACAUCUUGGUGGUGGACUUGCACACGGGCAAAGUAACGCGGCAUCACUUGGGGUUCAUUCGCAAAAUGUUUAUUCUAUCCGCCACGAAGAUCUUAGUGGUGCGCAAAGACGACAUCGUAUUCUACAACCCCGAAUGGGAAGUUGUUGAAAAGUUAACGAGCUAUAAUAACGCUAAUGACGGACACCAGCAGUUUGAAGUGAUUCAAAACCACUUGAUCUUCAAUGUGGGGCCCAAAUUUGUGGUGUUUAACUUGCUGCGUGGCUUCGGUGACAAUUGGGCCGCGGUGAAGAUCCAGCUUGGUUUUUUGAAGUAUGGCUAUUUCAAAAACUUUCACUUGGUUCAGAUUGUGGGCAUGGGCUCGCGUGACGAUAGACUACAUGUUGGGUUCCAGUAUGAAAAUUGCGAGGAGCACCAAACUAUCUUUGAGUCGUACUUGUUCUAG